AUGAAGAUGAGUAAUGGUGAUUCUCACUCUAUCUCUAUCCUGAAAAACUCUAUCUCUGAGUUUUCCAAAACCUCAAGUCUGUUACCAAAUCUUAAUAAAAGCUUUGUUUAUUUUAGUGGCCUUAAUGGAAAUAUGAUAAAUGACAUCAAGAUCUGUAUGGGUUUUAAAGAGGGAAUUCUUUCUGUGAAAUACCUUGGUCUUCCCCUUAUGACUUCUAAGCUGUCCAAAGUCAUAUGUAAUGAGUUUAUUAAUAGAAUUGUAGCUAGAAUUUCCUCUUGGACUUCUAAAAGUGCCUUUCUGUUUGUCCUGUCUAAGUCUAUGAUAAAUGGUGUUGAGAAAAAGUGUAGGAUAUAUUUGUGGCAUGGUAAUAAAGUCAAAAGGGGUAGUCCUAUUAGUUGGAGUACUGUCUAUUCCAGCAAAAGGGGAGGUGAGCUUAGUGUUAAAGCUGUGUUUAUGUGGAAUGUUGCAGCUGUGGCUGAAAAUGUGUGGAAUGUUAUUACUUUUCAGCCAUCCCUUUGGGCUAAGUGGGUCAUUAUAAACAAGUUUAGGCUGUCUAGCUUUUGGGGUAUAGCCAAACCUUUAGGUAGCUCAUGGAGCUAG